AUGAAUCAUGACGUUAAGUUGAUUUUCGAAGACUAUGCAUGGGAGGUGUUCACCGAUCUCAGGCACCUGAGUAAAAAUGUGAAAAACGACGUGUGUUUCGACAUCAGCCGGAAGCGGCUCAGUGUCCAACACUUUCCCCCUGAAUACAGCACUUGGAAUCGGUCACCUGCCAAGCCGUACACCCUCUUCAAAACCGAAUUCACCAACACCACCGACCGAGAGCAGGUCUAUUCAUUUAAGACCGAAAGGUCUACUGAAUCUAUUUGUUCCGUCACUCGCGAACAAGGUUUCAAUAUUGGCGAAGAAGCCGAGUUGACCUUGAAGACGCCAUGCGAAAUCCUGGAGUUCAAAGCUGGCUUUAAGCAUGAAAUCCAAGUCCUGAAAGCUGAAGAAACAGCGACGUGCGAAAUGCUGGCUUGGGGAGUUGACAGCAGCGUCGCCGUUCCGGCCCAUUAUCGAACGACUGCCGAACUCGUCGUUGAAGAGUUGAGCUACCACGGAAGCUUUAAGGUCGUCAGCCAGCUCGCUGGUCGGGUAAUUAUAUCAAUACGAAGACGACGAGACGGAGAGCUGAUCAUGGCAAUAACAGCGAACGUUGUAGAGAUCUUUCAUAACAUGACAAGACCCGGUAAGAGUCUUCAGAAAGAGAGUCGAGACAUGAUCAUGAUGGAAAGCAACUGUGUGAAGCUUGUAUCGCAGGGAAAAUGUGACUUUCAGUUUGCCAUCAAACAGGAGGUUACCCUUUCUGAAGAAAAGCUUUCGUGCAUUAUAGCU